CAAUCACAGGCUAGCAGAACUCAGAGUGGCACAGAAUGCCUGCAUCUGAUUGGAGUCUCUAUGGGGACCAGGAUUGUUUUUAUUCCUUCUCCCGGAUGUUUGAGGGGAAGGAGGCAACUAAGGCAACAAGGAGAAGAGGGAGGGAAAGAGAAAACUUUGUGAAGGAUGUGGAAAAAGGGUGCUGUGCAGCCUGUGAGGCUGCAAGAGGUGGAGGUUGUAGGGCUUGUCACAGAACCCUCCUUUCACAUGGCAGCAUAUGCAGCUGAGGGCCUGAGGAAACGUUUUCCAAAAAAGAUAGCAGAGCCAAAAGUGGUUCCUUUGCUGCAGUUUGCAUGGGAUGAAUAUUUACAGGAGAAAAAAAAGGAGUUAAAAGGGGAAACAUGGGAAUAUCCUUCCAACGUGAUGUGCUUUAUUGAUGGCCAGCUUGUUGGAGAUGAAAAACAGCUGUUACAGUGGGCCUAUGAAGUUUGGGAUUAUGAUGACUUCAAGCCUGUUGCACUUUAUGAAGCAAUUACGCAGGAUUUUCUCACUAAAUACAUGAGAAACAAGCAGCAUGUGUUUGUGUACUUUGAAAUAUCUAUUCAGGCGGAGCCUAAAGGAAAAUUGCUAUUUGAGCUCUAUUCUGAUAUCUGCCCUAGGACAUGUAAAAACUUCCAGUAUUUGUGCUUAGGGGAGAAAAAGAAGUCUAUGUCUGGGCUUCCACUUACUUAUCGUGAUUCUAUCUUUCACCGACUUGUAAAAAAUGGCUGGAUACAAGGAGGAGAUAUAAGGGGAGGAAGAGGGACUGGAGGAGAGUCAAUUUAUGGACCUUUUUUUGAAGAUGAAAGUUUUGCAGUUCUCCAUGACAAGAGAGGUGUUCUUGGAAUGGCCAACAAAGGACGCCACAGCAAUGCAUCUCAGUUCUACAUCACACUACAGCCAGCACCCUACAUGAAUGAGAAAUAUGUGGCUUUUGGACAGGUGAUCGAGGGCUCAGAAGUUCUCCGGGAACUGGAAGCAGUGGAAACAUUCAAUGAGAGGCCAGUUGUAGAAUGUAAAAUUGUUAACUGUGGAGUAUUUCAGCCAUAGCCAUGGAUGUUAGAUAUAUAUUGUUUUACUGUAAUGCAUGACAGUGUUGUUUUCUGAACAUAGGAUUUACUUCUGCUAAUUUUUUUGAGGGGGUUAAAUAUAAAAGUAUUUUUUUCACUUUGAAAAAAGAAAAGAAAAACAUGUUGUGUCCUUUUCCAUUCUAAUAGUUUCAUUGCCAAAACAGCCUUACACUUGAGACUACAGGAUCUUAGGAACCUAAUUUAAUGUAUUAAUGUGACCACUAUGCAGAGAGCUCUCUUAAGUGCACCCAGGGAGCUGCAUAUGUGCAUCAGGACUCAAGUCUUGUUUUCUUUAAGCAACAGCCUCCCAGUUCUGGACCAUACACUGCUUGUGAAACUCUUCUCAAAAGUUAGAGCUACGAUUCCUAGUACCCUCAACAAACUACAGUUCUCAGGAUUCACUGGGGUAAGCUAUGCACUUUAAAUGUAUGGGGGGGGCAGUCACAAUUUAUUGGCCAAUCAGAAGGUCAGCAAAUUCUGUUUAGCUUUUCCACCUUAAAUUUAUAGGUUUCAUUUCCCCUUAAAAUUCAGUUUUCUGGGUUGAACAUUUGACCAUCCUUGUCAGAACAGCCUAAAACCAAAAAAUAAAAUAAAAAUACUUUCGUAACCAAAACUAACACGAAACUGCAAACAGUUCCAUUUCGUUAUGUUGCCUAGUGACCAACAUAAUGCUGCAAAUUUUGAAUGCAACUCAGAUCCUUCCAGAAUGUGAUUGUAGCACAGGCUGGCUGUUGCCAUUUUUAAUGUUUGUUUCUUAUUCCCCACCC